AUGUCACCCAACAGAGCUCCAGUCUCCCCUUCUAGAGAGCUGCAAAGUAAGACCUCAAAGAUAGUCUCACCACCUUCUGCCCAAACUAUCUUCAAUGAAAUAGUAGACAGAAUACCUACAAUAAGAAGCUUUACAGAGCUUGUCUUUGACGUGAUCCCCCCUGAGGAUGGCAACUUGAUUUGUCGCUCCCUUGCCGCAUCGGCCGUGGUCGAACAAAGUAACGCGAGGGUAAACUACAACUCUCGAACCAAAACGCUGUGGGUACGAAUCAUGCCCACAGAGCUUCACGACGUCCACCAGAGAUGGGUGAGGUAUACGACUUCUCAAUGGCAAGCUACAGGCAUCCUAAAUGCCGCAGAAGAUAGGCUAUUGGACAUGGGCGUUGGCACCAGGUUUGACACCUUUACUGGUCCAUAUGUGUUAUCUUCAAAGGAGCCAGAUUUAUUCUUAAGACCAGAUACAAGCGAUCUACCCCUGAUCGUUAUUGAAAGCGGGUGGUCGGAGUCCUGGCCGCGGUUGCAUUGUGACAAGGAUCUCUGGUUGAAUGGAUCCAGCGAGGUCAAUGUUGUGAUUCUCCUUAUGUGGUCGAAGAUCUCGAAUAAUCGAGCAAAGGGAAUGGCAGAGGUUUGGCGUAGAGGUGGCGAUGGCCUUACCGUGUGCAAGAAAGCAGGCAUUCCGCUAUUAUGUGCUGCGCCCGCCCCCGGUGCCGACGUUAUCGAGCUCAGUAGAAGGGAAAUCUUUGGCCAGCAUGUGCUUCCCGGACGGAGCCACGCCGAUCUGUUCCUUUUAGAUCUGGAAGAUCGGCGCAAUUUUGCACAAGAGCGCAUGGCGAAGAAGAUGGGACUUACACCAGCUUGA